CCGCGGCUCACAUUGAUAGUGACAUCCGAUUUUGCGCUCAUCUGUCGAGUCCUUUUCGCUAGUCGGUACGUCCUGCGCCCCGUGCUACGACGCAAAAACCUGGGCUCAGACAGUCAAACAACAGACGCACAGUGGCUCGCAGUGACCUGUACGCCAUCGUUGCUAGCCCUUUCCGUCCGGUUUGUUUAUUCACUAAAGAAACAACACCGCUGCAUCGUUAGCUGUCUACGAUGACUGUCUUAACGUUCCCGUCGGUCGGCGGCAAGUCGGACAAAGCACCGUUGAUCGGUGACGAAGAAGUUCAUCAUGGUCAGACCCAGCCUCCGCCACCAUAUCAUCCCAAAUUCAUGGAGACUGGCGAAGGUGGUUUGCCGAACACCAAAAACAACAAUAACGGCCGUGCCAGAGUGGUCGGCGCAUGCUUACACCACUCAGCCGAGUACAGACGGUUGGUGCACAAGAUGGGCAAGAUCACAGUGAUCAUGCUGGCGUUCAUACUGGUCCUUUAUUUCUCCAUCGACACGCUAUGCAAGGCUUACGUUCAGGACAUACAACACAAGCAGCAACAGGAGACCGCUGAAGACGCCGCCGUUCCUUGCAAAUCUUACUCGUCUUAUGCAGACGCUGAGAGCGAUAUGCUGUUAUUGCCAGAGUUAUUGCCGUCGUCUCCACCGCCAAGUUCCAAAAACUUGGUCAUCUCGAUGGUCAUCAACCCAUCAGAGGGAAUCAUUAAAAAGGUGCCGCAGAUCGUCAUAAACAAAUCGGCUCGUUUCUUGCAUGACUUUGACGUCAACGUUACCGGCAUCGUUGACUUUGAGAACCAACGCUGUUACGUUAUGCCGCUGCUUCGCAAUUCUGUUGAGCCGCCUGAGUCCCUGUUGGAUAUGUUGGUUAAAAUGUCAUCUGGAUACUAUUCUAUGGACAUUAAUAAAAUUCUCAGUAACUUUCGCAUGGUCAAACCAGCCAUCAACAAUCUCUCUGACUAUGGCAUGUACAUUUCUAAAGACUGUGCUGACUAUCCUACAUUCAAACUAGAAAAAGACAUUACAACCGAUUCCCCAUUAGAAGUCAACUAAUUUUCACUUUCAUCGAGGCACUUUAACAACCAAAUAUAACACCCAAUAUAAUACAAUACUUAAAUAUUCUUCCUUUAUAUUUAAAAAAACAGAUGUGCGUGUUGACCACUCAGCUGUGGACUAUUAAUUCUGUUACCAAUUUUGACUAAGUUCCUUAGCUGUGUUGUUCCUAUUAUUUUGUGUUCUCAAUCUUCAAUUGUCGAAAGUGCAUACAUUUUUUCACAGCUAGUGAUUAAGACAAGUUUUUUUACCACUGAAUGUACCUAAUCACAUGUUUUACUUUUUGUACACAAUUAUGUACCCAGAUUAAGCGAUUUUUAAAUGUUUAUCAGCAUCCAUUCAAUAACAAUCUAUUUUAUAAUAUUUUACUUUACUAUCCUGUCAACAUUUAUAGUAUUUAAUAGUGUUAAAACAUACAUUAUGUAUACAUUAAGAUAGUAGAUUCAUUUUUUUUAGUCUUCGUUCGCAUGAUUAUAAACUGGCCGUAAUUUUCUUGUUGAGUCAACAAAUGUUAAUUAUACUGAAAUUAUUAACAAAUAUAACAUAAUAUUAAAUUACAAAAUAUAGUUAUAGUGAUUUUAUCUGUACCUACUGCAACUGGUGUAUGAUAAAUCAUUGACGUUUUUGGCCGUUUAAUAAUAUUGUGUCAACCAUACAUUUUAAUAUUUUAUGAAUAUCUUUGUUGUGUUAAGCACUUUAUAUUAUAUUCUUAAGCUUUAGUAACGGUAACAUUAAUCUUUGUACUGAUAGUCCAUGACAUUAAAAUAUGUGUAGUAUUUGAAUAUUUAAAUAUAGAUAUUGGAUUUUUAA